CAGCGCGUUUCUACGUCGACAGCCAUUUUUUACAGCGCGGCCUCACGCAAGCUGGCCGGACAAAUGUCAGUCUACAACGCCCACCGCCCGUCCCUCAUCGGUUUGCCCAUGGAGCCCCUCAAAGGCGACGCCGUCGAGCGCAUGAGCAUCGGCACGCUCGACGAGCCGGACGAG